AGUGGGAAGAAUGCUCCUUACAUUGGUGAUCAACUGGAAGAAUGUUCCUUCCAUUGGUGGUCAAUGGGAAGAAUUCCCCUUACAUUGAUGGUCAGUGGGAAGACUAGUCCUUACAUUGGGGAUCAGUGGGAAGAAUACUCCUUAUGUUGGUGGUCAGUAGAAAAAAUGCUGCUACACUGGUGGGCAGUAGGAAGAAGGCCCCUUACACUGGUGAUCAGUGGGAAGAAUGCUCCUUACAUUGAUGGUCAACUUGAAGAAUGUUCCUUACAUUGGUGAUCAGUAGGAAGAAUGUUCCUUACAUUGGGGUUAGUGGGGAGAAUGCUCUAUACAUUGGUGAUCAGUAGGAAGAAUGUUCCUUACAUUGGGGUUAGUGGGGAGAAUGCUCUAUACAUUGGUGAUCAGUAGGAAGAAUGUUCCUUCAAAUGUAGGUCAGUGGAAAGAAAGCCCCUUACAGAUAGGUGAAAAG